AUGCUGUCGUCACCUAAUCUCGGCGGCUUGCUCGCCUCCUUGACCCAGGGCGAAUGGACACCCGGUGAGGUCGCGACCGCCCUCGCGGUGCCUCUCGUAUUAUACCUGGUCAAAAUCGUCGUCUUCCCGACCGUCGACCCGCGCGAGCCCCCCAAGGAUUAUGCCAUGCCCAUCUGCUCCCUCCCCAUGCUCCACGGCUACGUCUACGUCAUCAACGACCCCGUCCUCAUCAGCGCCGCCAUGCGCAACCGCAACCUCUCCUUCGACCCUUUUAGCCUCGAGUUCGCCAGCGGCGCCAUGGGCAUGACCAAGGAACACGUCGAAAUCUUCUCCCGCCCCGGCAACAUGGAAGAGGUGAGCCGCGUCAUCCACGCCGCCCUCUCCGGCGACAACGUCUUUCGCAUGAACGUCCGCGCCCUCAAGGACAUCGCCGCCGAGCUGAGCAAUGUCCCUUCGGGCAACGAGGGUCUGCGCGUGCCCGAUUGCGCGACCUGGUUGCGCAACGUGAUUGCUUUGGCGACCAUGACGGCCAUGUUUGGCAAGAAUAGCCCUUUUACCGCCGACGAUGUGCCUGAUUUCUGGGAAUUCGACAAAGGCGUCGGCCUCCUCGCCCUCGGCAUCGCCCCCACCCUCCUCGCCCCCAAAUCCCUCGCCGCCCGCGCCCGCUCCCAAGCCAAGCUCACCGCCUACUACGAAGCCCACCACGACCAAGCCGACGACGUCGCCGCCAUCAUCCGCGACCGCGCCGCCCUCGAGCGCCGCCACGGCAUCCCCGACCGCGAGCUCGCCCUCAUCGAAUACUCCAUGCUCUUCGUCAGCACCACCAACACCAUCCCCACCCUCAUCUGGUUUUUUAUUCAUGUCUUCGCCCACAAGGACCUCGCCGCCCGCAUCCGCGCCGAGGUCGCCCUCGUCGCCACCGUCGCCACCGAUCCGGACACGGGCCGCCGCACGACCGCUUCCAUCGAUCUGAGCCGCCUCGAAAAGGCCUGCCCCACGCUGCACGCGACCUACCGCGAGACCCUGCGCAAGUACUCGGACGUGCUCGGGAACCGCCGCGUCAUGGCCGACACGACCCUGCGCCACCCCGUUACCGGCCGCGAGUACCUGCUGAAAAAGGGCGUUAAUGUCCAGUGGGCUGCCCAGGUUACCCACGGCCUCGACGACGUCUGGGGCGAGGGCAAUGACGCUUUCGACCCGGAUCGCUUUGUCGAGACGUCCGCUGUGGACGAGAAGAAGCGCCGCGGUGCCAUGAUUCCCUUUGGCGGCGGCCGUAAUCUCUGCCCCGGUCGCAAUUUUGCGCAGGCGGAGAACUUGGGCCUCGUCAGCGCCGUCGCCCUUGGCUUCGAUGUCGAGGGCAUGGAGGUGCCUGGGGCGGUCAACGCCUACAUGGGGACCGCUGUGAAGAGGCCGGAGUGGGGUGAUGUGGGCCCUCCCAUCCACUUGAAGAGGAGGCCUGGCUGGGAAGACGUGGCGUGGGAAUUCAAGUGCUGA